UUUUGUAUCCGACGUUUUCAGUCAGGACUGGUUCCAUUGUACUUCACAGUUUGGAUCGGGUUGAGAUGACCUGCCUUUUAAAAUUUUAACGGACAAUGGAAAACGGGUCCAGAUCUUUCAGAAACAUUGCCCAUUUGCUCCUUGUGUGUGUUUUUGUGCGUUAACUGAAACCAGGCGGGAGGAAGGAAAUACAGGUUGCAAGUACUGGGAAAAAAAGUAUUUGGAUUUAUACAUAUUUAUUGAUUCUUGCUUACACUGGAAAUGUCUGUGCAGCUUAAGACGUACAAUGGUGGGCAAAAGUGUGAAGAAUGGCUUCUGUGUAAACAAACUGAGACUUGUAAGCCUGAAGUUCAGAAGUGCAUUAAGGACUUCCUCCAGCUCAAGAAAUCUAAAUUAGACCUACAUGAGCUGUCUAAACUCGUGAAGAGACACACAGGACUGAGAGUGCCUCUGAAAUGUCCAGAAGGCUUUUGUCUGAGGAUCACUGGACAGGAUGGGACCAUCUAUUGGGGCCGAAAGGACAUGAUGGAGAGCUGGCAAGAGCUGUACCUCCCCAAGAGUGAGAAGAUGGUUGUUAUUGGUGCUGUUGACAACUACCCCUGCUUGGCUGAGGGGCAACAGCUGGUUGUGAUGGUUGACAGCAGAGGCAAUGUCUACGCAUAUGAAAACCAUGAACUGCACCUUAUGGCACACAGUGUGGAAUCCGUCUUCAGAAGCAGAGGGGUCGGACCUUUUCCUAUCCAAAGCUAUAAGUAUGGAGAACACACAGCACCAGAAACUGAAGAAGAGUAUUUGCAGAUCUUGAAAGAUCAGGCAAUUCCAAAAAUAAACACAUACACCCUGGAGUUUGUUGAAAGCAAGGAAAAGGAUUUCUCUGAAAUCAUGGACUUCUUGAUGGACUUGUAGGUCAUUUAAGACUGAUGGCAAAAGCAUCGUGGGGAUUAUCAUUCAUUGAUUGUGUUGCAUCAAGAAGAAAAAUAUCCAUUUGUUAUU